GAAAGAAAAAAUAUAUAAAAAAAAAAAUAGGAACUAGAAAAAACCAAAAUACCAUGACAAGCCUCAAUUAGGCCGCUUAACGCUUUCGCAUUCGCAGCGCCACGAUACUCAUCAUUGAAACAUACAAGAAAGCAUCCCAAGUAGAACUAGAACUAGCUUGUCAUCGCCUCGCACCACUGACCCAACAGCCAGAGAGCUGAGAGCCACCAUCGAACCGCCAAAGCCAAGGCCGACCGAAAUCAAAGCUUAUUUUCUUUUUUUUGGCCAACAACAACAACAAACGACGAAACAACACGAUCAUGAAUUAUCAGAAGGCCAGUGAAACGCAUUCACCGUCCCCGUUCAAGAAGCCGAAAAGGCCCGCUGGCACCAACAACAACAACAGCAACAACAACAACGACCACAACAACAGCAAUAAGAAGAACAGCAACAGCAGCAGCAUCAAAGGCAAAGGCAACGGGAACGGGAAAGGCAAUAGCAUACAAAACUUUUGGAACGAACGCAUCAUGGAGCGCUUCAUAAAGGCGAAUCUAUUCAUUAUCUGCUGUGUGGCGGCGGGCCUGUUGCUGAUUGUCUACCUGGGCGCCUUCUCGUGCGAGGUCUCGUGGCUGCUGGAGGCGCACGGCGAGCUGCCCUUCGCCGCCUAUACGCUGUGCACACUGUACUUUGUGAUGUUUGUGGCGACGACCAUUCUGAUCCAUGGCCUAGUGAGUGGGCUCUGCUGGCCCCUGUUCGCCUGGUCGGCCGUCAUUGGGCUGAUGUCGAUACCGGAGCUGGUGCUAGUGAUGCUAAUGACCACACAGCAUUGGGGUCUGCAGUCGGUGCACGGCCUGACGGAGCUAACCUCCUAUUUGGUAAGGCUCAUCAUCAACUGCCUGGCUCUGAUCUGCGUCAUUCCCACCGGCAUCAAGUGGCGUCGCGAGAGGCAGGUGCUCAAUCAGCUGCAAGACCUGGCCACCCGGCUCUCCCUGCAAACCCCAGCGCCCAGCGUGCCCAUGACCAAGGCGGACUCGAGGCGCUCCAGCCAGCGGCUGAGCGGCUUCGAGAACGCGGGCUACCAGCUCUGCGACGAGACGAAGCUGCCCCUGGGCAGCGGCGCCAACCAGAUGUUUGGCUCGCAGAACGAGUUCAAUGCCAGCAUGUUUGCGCCCCAGCAGUACGUGCCCAGCCAGCGGAGCAGCUCGAAUCAGGGCCAUCGCGCCCAGUCGCUGAUGGAUCUGCGCUGCACGCUGCCCGGCAUGUACAAUCCCCGGCAUGUGCUGGACACGGAGGACAAGAAUGCCAAGUACUUCAACAUAACCAUAGACGACCUGAAGCACAAUUUGCAGGACUCGCACCGCCCGUCGCCGCCCUCGCUGAUUGGCUCCGCCAGCAAUGAUCCCAUCUACUGCUCCAUCGAGCCCAAGCAGCUGACGCCGCCGCCGGCCCAGCAGCAGCAGCGGCACGGCCAGCAGAAGAAGCUGGCGCGCAACUGCAUCUCCCUGGAGAACCUCGACGGCAUCAGCAAGGUGCAGAACGACCUGGCUGCCUAUGGCAACAAUCUGCUGCAGAACUACACGCAGCAGCAGCACUACUACUUGGCCAUGCUGCUGCAGCAGCAACAGCAGCAGGCGGCCGCCGCGGCAGCAUCCAAUCUCUACCGCCGUCCCUCGGCCUGCAGCGUGACGGGCAGCUGCACCAUGCUCGGUGUGCAGCGACGCGGCUCCCAGCAUCUGCAGCAGCAGCAGCUGCAUCAGCAGCACCUGCAGUACUACGGCGGCUUCGGCUAUGCCAACUACGCCAAUCCCUACAUCACAGCCAACAGCAAAUUGUCCCUGGGCAAUGAGUCCGAUGACUAUCGCAAGUAUCGCGAUGUGGCUCUAUAGUAGAUAUUUAAGCUAUGCUCCAGUCA